AUGGUAUCGGGAUUGAUUGUGUCAGUAUUGUUUAAAUUACUACUCAUUUGCAUAAGAGGCAGGGUGAAAGACUCGGGCCUUGCUAUUUUCAAUCCACUGAUCAAGAAGGCCGAAGAUUUAGCAUUCUUGGAAAAAGAAGAUGGGCUUGCAUCUCUGGAGAUCAUUGAACGAGGAAGAUGUGGAGAGGUUUACAAGGCUGAAUUAACGGGAGCGCAAGACGUGUUGAAUAAGGUAUCAGAAGGGAAAAGAGAAUUGGAUUGGCUAGUGCGGCACAAGAUUGCGCUAGGAGUGUCUGCCGGCCUUGAGUAUCUCCAUAUGCACCACAACCCUCGUAUAAUUCACAAAUAUCUCAAGCCUGAAAACAUACUUCUUGAUGAUGAUAUGGAGGCGCACAUCGCUGAUUUUGGGCUAGCGAAGGCAGUCCCAGAGAUGAACACCCAUGUCACAACCUCCAAUGUGGCUGGGACUGUUGGAUAUAUUGCACUUGAGUACCACCAAACGCUUAAAUUUACAGACAGGGUGCCUACUCCCUCGUCCACCUCAUCAAUUGAAAGUGUGGCAAUUCUUAGUUCAUGGAGACUUUGGAGGGGAAGACGGAAAGCUGUUAGGUCUGCCUUGAAUGAGGAGAGGAUGAAGGUAAAUGAUGAGGAGAAGAAGAUCCACACCUUAGAGAAGGAGCAAUCAGAAGUUAGGGCUGUUGCAUAUUCAAAUGAGAAUUCAUUGCCAAUGAUGCUCGACAUUGGGACACCAAGUAGGCUAGGCAUUAGGCAGUUGAGGAGUUCUGUGCUUUGA